AUGACAUCCGCCGUCAAGCAAGAGGUACCAGCAGACGCCGCUGCUCCUUCGGCCACCACCCAAAGCAUCUCCAAGGCGCAGGGAGGAAACGACGCCACGACUGUACCCACUGCCUCCCUCCCGGCCAACCCUCAGACUCAUACCUCGCAAGACACCAGCAGCAGCAAAAGCCAACCAAAACGCCCUCUUGACGCCUCAUCCAACGCCGCCGAAGAUCCUCCCAAACCGCCGAAGCAGUCGAAAAGCAAGCGUCAAAAAGCCAAACGAAACGGCAUGUGCUUUACAUGCAACAGCGCAGACCACAAAUGGUACAAAUGCAUGGCGAAAUGUCAAUGGUGUCAGCAAGUCACGCAUCCUUGCAACGUGUGUCCGCGUAAGGGUGUGGCUUGGUAUGAGAAGAGUGGCAACCAUAAGCUCUCCGGGAAGCAGCGUGUGCGGGCCAAGGAGGGCAAGGUUCUGCUGGCGAAUGGGGACGCUUUGAAGGAGCUGCGCGAGAAGUGUGAGGCCUUGUCGGCGGAGGUUCAGGGCUUGAAGCGGCAGCUGGCGGAGAAGAAGUGA